AGUUGUAAGAGCAGCCAUCAACGGGGAAAGGCAGUCAAACACCCAGGACCAGAAAGAGAUACCACCAACAUGCCCAAGAGUGAGAAAAUUAUAUCCAAAAAGGACUCCAGUCCAUCUGAAAAUGGAUCCCCAAAACCAGAAACAUCAAGCAAGAACCAGGAAGAUAAGACCAGUUCAGAGGUCCACUCUGCAGAGAACCAGCUUGCAGCAAUUUCUAAUGAAGAUACAGGAAAAGUUAAUGAAGUUUCCAAAUUGAAUGUUGCUUCUGAAAUUGCCAUAGAAAAGAAUGAUUUACCUGAAGACAGUCCAGAAAGCCAAUUCGUGGAGACAAUGUACAAUGCAUUUUGGGACCACUUGAGAGAUCAACUGUCACAAACCCCUCCUGACUUUUCUUGUGUUCUUGAACUUAUAAAAAACAUAAAACAGAUUUUAAUGGCACUACUAUUACCACGUCAGAAUCUUCUAAGAAAUGAGAUUGAAGAGGUACUGGAUUUGGAUCUCCUCAAACAAGAAACAGAGCACGGGGCUCUGGAUAUUCUGCAUCUCUCCCACUAUAUUCUCAACUUGAUGGCCCUCAUGUGCGCACCAAUUAGAGAUGAAGCUGUAAAGGAAUUAGAAAACAUAAAAGAUCCAGUACAGUUACUGAGGGGUAUCUUCCAAGUUUUAGGCCUGAUGAAAAUGGAUAUGGUGAACUAUACUAUUAAGAACAUUCGACCAUAUUUACAGGAACAUUCUAUACAAUAUGAACGAGCUAAAUUUCAAGAACUCCUUGACAAACAGCCUGAUCGACUUGAUUGCACCACAAAAUGGAUGACUAGAGCUGCCACAGAGAUUAUUACAUCACUUUCAAGUUUAUCUGUCACUUCAUGUAUCUCUUCUGGCGUAAUAAGUUCAUUUCCUACUCCAAAGCCUGACCCAGAUCCACCCAGUCUUACAACAGUGCUAUACCAAGGGUACCUAAAUCUUGUUCUCAGGGACCAUGGGAAUGAAGAAUUCCCUGAGACUCUGCUGAUGGAUAAAGCACGACUGCAGACUAUGAGAUCCAAAUUUCGCCACUUGACUAUUCUAGCCUCAGUUUUACUGGUGGCAAGAAGUUUCUCUUGUGGUGUUUUAUUCAGCUCACCAGAAUUUGUGGAUAAAUUGAAGUGCAUAACAAAGGCUCUAACUGAAGAUUUUAGCUCCAAGCCAGAAGAAUCUAUGUUAAGUGUGAGUGAACAAGUGUCUCAGGAAAUCCAUCAAGGUCUCAAAGACACAGGCCUAACUGCUCUGAGCAGUGAAAACAGGGCAUCACUUGUAGGACAACUGCGGAACAUUGCCAAGAAAGAGAAUUGCAUUCGUAUCAUCAUUGAACAACGGAUGCAUUUAUUUCUUAAAUGCUGUUUGAUUCGUGGCAUGCAAGAAUCUCUUCUAGACUUCCCUGGAUGCUUUCUUUUCAUUGAGCCAGAGUUAGCAGAACUAGGAUGGAAGUUUGUUAAUCUGAUGCACCACAACCAGCAUGUGUUUAGCCCGUACUAUGCUGAAAUCCUAAAAAACAUCAUCUCAACACAAAAUGAUGAAGACGAAGAAAAGCCAAUCAAAUAAUGCUGGUCCCAAGUCCUGGCACCAGGAAUCCAAAGAGAGGUCUCAUUAUGUUCCUAGGAUAACAUCACCCAUGGCCAACAACUGCAGGUGACCCUCUUCCUCAUUAAGAUUCAGGAUGCAACUGUUAGCGGCCAACCGUACAAAUUCCAAAUGGCCCAAUCCCCUUCAUUAAUAAACUCUUGAGCUGCAAGAAAA